AUGCCACCGUACCUCUUCGGUCUACCCACCACAUCACUUUUGACCUUGUCUUCGCUUCUUACCGACCCGUCAGGAUCAUAUACCACAGUUUUAUCCGAAGCUACAGCAGCGAGAACGAGACUGCAAUUGGCACUGAAGGGGGUAGCGGAUAAUGAGCCUGGAUCUAGUGCGUUGGCCGUCCUGGACGCUGUCCAAGUGUAUCUACCAUAUCUAAAAGGGAUAAUAGCUUGUCUAGAUGCGGAUGAGCUGCUCUUCAAAGGAGAGCCUAGCUUUCCGUGGACAUCCCCUCUAACGCAUUAUGCACUUUCACCACCACUUCUCCCACUCCCUUCUAUACACUCCGAACACCUCUUCGUCCUGUUGACUUAUACCUUGGCAUUAUCCAAUUAUGCCCAUUCCAUUUUGGCGUCUUUACCCACUAUCGAGCAUAAACCUGGAACGAGCACAUCCCACAUGCAUAUGUCAAAUGAAGAUGAGAAAAGGACCACGACUGGAUUAAGUAGAGCAGUCGAUUUACUUUGUCAGGCUUCCGGGGCAGCUGAAUGGACAGCCGAAAACGUCUGUUUACAAGUCGAACCUGUCAAAAACGCAAAUGGCAGAGUUGGGAAAGGGAAAUGGCCAAUCGAAGUUGGUAGGGAAACUUUCAAAGGUUUAUCCAUGAUGUUCUUGGCAGAUGCACAUUCAAUAGCAAUACGUAAAUUACUUCUACCAGUACUACCACAUACAUUGUUCUCACCUCCUGGUCCACCAUUACCCUCUAAUCAUCCUUCAGCUUCAUUACUUUCUAAAUUGUAUUUACACGUCACAUCACUCUACACUUCGUCACGUGCUUUACUGAAAGUACAUCAGACUGCCUCGAAUGACGUCGGUUCAUCAAGGAGAUUGUUUCAGAAAGAUAGAUCCAUGGAGAAUGAUUCUAUUGAGGGUGAAAUCAUACCUGAUCUCAAGAGGUAUUUGAAGAAAGCAUCGCAAUUAUCCUUGGCCUUAGCACAUAAAUGGUUAGGUAUAGACGUAGGUGAAAAUUCAAAAGGAACCAAGAUUGGUGAUGCGAUAUCAUGGACCCAAGAUGCUUUGAACAGGUUGGAAGAUAUGGAAGAUUCUAAAAUGAGAGAGAAGAUGAAAGGUUUUGGAAUAUCGAAAAAUAAUGAGAAGAAGAAAGAAGAAAGAAAAGCUAGAAAAGGCAGAUUGGAAAAUGAAGUUGAGGAUACAAAAGCUUGGGUGAGAGCUUACGUCAAGAUGAAUGAUACGGUCGCUUUCCAACCCAUUCCACCAAACUCCUCUCUCAUCACUCCAUCCGGAAGACCGAUAUUCAGCUCGAAAGCGUUCAUACCGCCUCCCUGCAAGUUUCAGCCUACACAUAGAUUACCUAAUCCCGAUGAGGACGAGGAAGAGGAUCAUGACCCAGGGCAAGACGGAGAAGGACAGGGGGAAUACGCUGGCAAGGGGAAUUACUUUUAA